AUAUAAAUCGAAAUUGUUCGCCAUUUACAAGUCAUUAUCGUUGGUUUUCACAUCAUCUACUGAUUUACAAUGUCGGAUAUAGAACAGGUUUUGGAUCUCUUUAAAGACUUCAUCGUCGACAAAACAGAAAUGAUAAAAAUGAUAAUUGCAAAAUCUAACGAAAAUAAUAUGGAAAUUCCAAAGGGUGAAGAACCAAACCCACCACCGAAUGACACCAUCGAAGACAUGUCUGUGAAUAUGGAAGAUGACACGGAAAAUGAUCAAUCAACUGGGCGAAAGAGACUUGAUUUAACGGAUCGAGGUCGAGAAGUUAUCACGAGAUGUAUGACAGAUGAUCCCGUUUCCGAUUAUAGUUAUAAUGACGCAGUGGAUGUCAUUAAUGGUAUUUUUGCUAACUAUCAAGUACGUAUUUUGCCAGACGGCAAGGAUAGUUGGAUCAUCGUGUAUCGUCACAACAACACUACCCCAACUAAACAAAUUGAUGUGAUUUCGGUAUCACGGGAAUUUGAUUUUCGAAGAGAUUUGAGUGAGAAUUUACGAACAGAAAUAAAAUCUAUCUCUAUGCUUAAGGAUCUUGAAAACCCGUUAAAGUAUGUUACUUGCGAGACGGAAAUCGACAAACCAGAACUACGUCAAGAUCAGUUCAUUUGGUCGUUCGCUGUAUCGCUAGGUCUCGCCAUGAAGCAAGCGACAUAUCCAGAAUACGAUUUGCCAUUUAAAUGGGAAAACGGAAACGAUCUUAACAGAACGCGCAUUAGAAAUGCAAUCGCUGAUAUUUUGCAAAAUGGUUUAAUGACAGAUGAUCCGAACGGCACUGUCUGGCAACAAUAACUUUUUAAAUCAACAUUUUUUUACUCUUUAAUUUUCAUUUCAAAUUAGAACUGAUAUUUUCCGAAAAAUACUACGUUUUUCGAAAUCUGUAAAAUAAAAAUUGUAGUUAGAAAAUAGGCUGAAAUAAUAAAAAUUGCAUCAAGUUCAAAAAGAAAGAGUUUACUAA